AUAGCUGAACGGGGAACAAGUGGACGUUCUCUGCAGCCUGCGGUCUUGAGAUGCCAUCAGACAGGCUGCGGGCCAGCCUACUUGGUUGGCUUCUCAAGGUUUUGGCUUAUGGAGGGAGCGUUCUUAGCGCCUCGGUGCUACUAUGGCUCUUCUUCCGGCGGGACAGACAAGGGAAGGAGGGUGAUGACUGGUACGAGAUCAAGCCAAGAGAAGACGGGGAGGAGGCUAAAGAUGGCGUCCCUGAUUCCGUGGGAGAAAAAAUCCCUCUGACUGAUGACGACGAGCACAAGAUCCCUGACGGCGACGCGGACGGGCCCAUUGGCGAACCUCCGGAUGGGAACGCCAAGAAGCCCAAAGAAGGGGACGCCGGCUUCCCCAGCAACGGCAAGGUUCCGAAGCACACUACAGGGUCACAGACAGAUCUAACCUUGCCGACCUCUGACGACGCUGACACAGAAGAGGACCGGCCUCUUCUACAGGCUGCCGGGGACAAACGCCCCAAACGGCCCAAACAAAGCGACGAAACACAGACCGACUUCGACGACCUCGAUCCUAGUCUAAGUCCUAGUCCGUUGAAAGAUUUCAAAUUUGUCGAUGAUUACUCCCCGAAAGAUGAAAGUGGGCUACCGGGCAGUAGGCCCGCCGAGCCCAGACCUCAAAGUAGCGAUUUUUACCGUGUCAGGGAAGGGCCAGCAAAAUACCGACCGGCGUCUUACCUGAUUGCUGUAGGAGCGAAGGAUGAAGAUGCAGAGGGUCCAAAGGAGGGACAGCCCGACCAAGGAGACGCGACCGAUGGCAGGAUGCCCUCGGACGAGGCCGGUAAUGGCCAGACGUCCCCCAGUCGUAUGGGCGGUGCAGUGCCAUCUGUACAGUCCGACGACAGUGGGGUUCAGCUGGACGACGCCGGGAACCUCCAUCCGCCAGGUACAACUCUGAGGACCAUCACGAGAGAAACAUAUGAAUACCGAGUGAGUGGAGUGAAGAGGGCAGCUUGGUUCAAGGGAGAGGCUGCGCCGGAGGACGGCAAGGGAGAAGCUGGAAAACCCAUUGACAAAACUGGAGAAGGUGUCGGUGACACAAGUGGCGACGAAGGUCGCCCACCUCCUCGGAAGCAAACCGAUGGAACACAGACCGACUUCGACGCUGUCGAACCCAUUAGUCUUAGCGAUGAAUCUUUGCUAAAGAGCCACGACAAGGUCCCCAGCGAUCCGGACAAAGUACACCAGUAUCAAGGCCUAGCACAGAAACUCACCCGUGCUUAUCUAGAAUCAGAAGGGCGCCAACAGAAUGACGACGCACAGGGAUUGAGUACAUCAGAUGAGAGUUGGUACACACCUGAGACAGAAUUUUACCCGUCAUCCGGAGGAGAGCAGGGUUUACCUUUCUAUGACGCAUCAUAUACCUCCCCUGCAAAGCGGUCUUCCACGCCAAAACGGUCACCGAGUUCCGGUGAAGCUUCUCUAUUAGACGACGACGUUUCUGGUGGGGGGAAGCCUACACCCGAAACGGGUAUGUUAGGUGUAGGAAAACGCAAGAGUCAACAAGCCGACCAAGUACCUUCUGAUGACACCUCUGAGCCGAGAACCAGGCAUAUACCUCGAGACAAAGGACCAUCGCAGAAAAGUACUGGCGGGUCACAAACCGACCUCAAUGAACUUGAACUCAGUCGAGUUGCGUGGGGAAUAAAAGUGGAUGAUGGCGACCAACGUGCGGCUAGAUCUGACGAUGAUGAAGAAACGCCAGAUAAAGUGACAAGCGGUCAUGGUAGACCAGCUGCCAAUGAAGAUGAACAAAGGAAAGAUCAAGGUAGACCAGCUGCCACUGGGGAUGGCCAAAAGAAAGGUAAAGUGGAUCGGUAUGGUAUAGUGAAGAUAGAGACCUCUGUGAGAAGAGAAUACUCAGGCCCGGAUGGCAUCGGGGGUGCAGAAGAGCAAAGACCAGGCGAAACAGAUGAAAUCCGGCACCCUGACAUCCAUGAAAAGGCGGUACAAGGGAAAGACCGCGUGCAGGAUGGCAGCAGGCCCACGGAUACGGAAACGGGACGUGAACAAAGACCUGACUCAGAUGAAUUUGACAAGCCACUUGCAGGAUCAGGGGUACGACUUGUCAAACAAACGACCACAGUAAGAGUUGAACGGAAAGCACAGCCAUUACUUCUCACACAAUCGAGUGCGCAAACUGAAUUUGAUGACAAAGUACUUGAAGACUACCUCGGACUACGACAUGGGGCGUUGAAGCAUGCUGGCCCAGAAGAGGGCAGUACUGGACGGGGCGGUGAAGAUGAGAAAAGUGGUCUCCCCGCUGGGGAAAGGCUGGACAUUCACGACCAAUUGGGCCCUGUAGACGGUAGGUCAGGUUUGGACGAUGUUGAAGGUCGUUCCGUAAUGAAACAUCGACCACAAGGUAACGCUGACCUUCGUGACAAGGCCGAUACUGAUCAAAGGAAGCAACAACUUGACCACAGACUUGCCGCAGACGGAAGAACGCCACUGCAAGACAGUGGCCAAGCAAGACCGUCCGCUGAUGAACACCUGCCACCAUCUUCAGCUCGGGUCGCCGAUUAUCGCGGCCCUGUUUCCGAAGAAGAGGGUCUUGACCCCGACAGUUCUGAUAGAAUAGGAGGGCAACUUGCAAAGAGAUUACAGAGGGAUAUGAGAGCCGAGCAAGGCGUGGACCAAUAUGGCGAACCAAUCAUGGAUCCGAGCGCCUCUCAACAAGGUAAACUCAAGCAAUACGGCCAGUCGACAACUGGAGACUCAGGACCAAUCAUUUAUGGCUUGCCUAACAGAGAUGGAUCAGGGGGCAUUGUCAAUCAGUAUGGAAGGCCACUUGUUGAGGACGUACAUGCGGAUGAAAGAAAAUAUGCUCAAAUCCAUCCUUCAAUGUACGAAAAGAAGGGUUCAACAACAUCAGAGGACGCUUUACGUAGCCCACUGGGAAAAGACGAAUCAUUGAAAGGGCAACUGGGCCGACCUCAUGGCCCGCUUACCUCGGAACAAGAUGUUAGGCAAGCAAGUGGGGUCAUAACAGGCAGAGGAUUAAAGCAACUUGCCUUCGACCUUCAUGGUCGUCCAAUAGAUGAACUACACCCAGACUACGGACGCCUCCCAAGUGAUAGGAACUCCAAGGCAUGUCAAGCUGGCGUCUCAGUAACUAGGCUUUUGCGAGACUAUGACUACAAAGUUUAUGGUAGACCGAUGGGAACUGCGAUUCUGACAGACGACGGUAGAAUCGAAGGUAUAGCAGCAACGAUAUCCCCAGGAAAAGAGGGAGCAACCUUGACGGAAGCUGACAGGUCGGAUGUUACAGGUCCAUCGCGACAGUCAGCCGAAAGUAUCACGUCAAAGGAACCAGCCAAACAGCCACGGGAUGCAGACGAGGUACAUCCGUCCAAGCGACCAAGUAUAUUAGAUGAACUUGACAGCAUGAUGGCCAAGGCAAAUGCAGCUCUCAGCAGCGCCGAAAGACGUCUUUCGGAAUUACAAACUGACGAUCAAGAACCCCCAACGGAUGACUCCACAGAGCAGCAGCAUCCACGUGAUUCUGGUGAUCAGGAUCUGUCAAGGCCUCCAACCGAGUUCACGGGUGCAGCCGGAAAGGGUGCCCCAUCUCAUUCUACCACCAAGGAUAAACCUCGACAACAAGUCGAGCCACUGUCCGAGUUUGCCCAAGGGAAAGGCGUACGACGACAUGGAGAGACUGAUUCUAAAGACGGUGCACGGGAAAUAGCCAAUGCCGACCUUGCUUCACCAAUCGCAGGUGAUGUAGCUACAGAUCGCGAACCUUACACGCCUUCGUCACCUGCAGACGUAGCCAGUAGCGGCGCGGGAGAGUCAGAGACGGAUGACUCUAUUAUUGGCACCCCUCCUGAUGCCGUUGGAAAAGACCAAGAAUACAAGAAGAGUGACUAUCGUGUUAGAACACCUACCAGUCCGUUUUCCUCGACGAACGUUGUUGGUAAACAAAUAAGCAGCCGCGGAGCGGCGGACGCUGGCCCUCCGCAUGAGACUAAAUACGGGUACAUCAGCCCAAAAGAAGAAUCUCCAAAAGAUAAGAGAACCCCCUCUCCUGGCGUUGUCCAAGUGCUAGAUGCUUCCUUGACCGCCAGCGGAGACCGAACAACAGAACGAUCUGGUCGGGAAGUGAUUCGUGGGGAACAACCGGGAGAGGACGAGCCACUACUUGGGAAGAAAUCGUCUCCUAUAGAAACAUCGCCAGCAGACCAGGUGGACGCCGCUGGCACAGGGGCGUCUCCUUCAGCAGGAUCUCCUGUAGAUGAAGCUGCUCAGAAGGCAGCGGAGGCGCUCACUUUGAAGGCUGCAGGAGACGCAGCUGCUAAAUCAGCAACUGAAAAUGAAAUAUACGACGCUACCCGAAAAGCUGCGAUACUCGCAUCCAAAAAAGCAGCUGAGGAGGACCUGGCCAAAGUAGUAGCUAAAGAAUCUGAGAAAGAGGCCGCCAAGGAGGCCGUGGAAGAGGUUCCGGCGAAAACUGCCGAAGAGGAUGCUGCUGCGGCUGCGAAAGCCACUGAGGAAGCUGCGAAGCGUAAAGCAGAGGACGAGGCUGACAGACGAGCAGCACAAAUGGCAGCGGAGGAUGAGGCGGCCAGACGUGAUGCAGAGGAAUCUGCCAAAGAGAAAGCCGGAAAGGAUGCUGAAGAAGCUUCAAAGCGUAAAGCAGAGCAGGAAGCUGCCAUGUCAGCAACCCAAAAGGUAGAGAAAAAGGCCGCUGAAGAGGAAUCUGUCAAAGAAAAAGCCGACAAGGAUGCUGUUAUAAGAGGUGCUGCGAAACAUAAAGACGAUGAGGAAGCAGCAGAGGAAGAAGCAGCAAGAAAAGCUGCCGAGGAAGCUGCCAAGAGGAGGGCUGAUGAGGAAACUGCGAAACGAAAAGCAGAGGAGGAGUCGGCCUUGGCAGCAGCCAAGAAGGCGGAGGAAGAAGCGACAGGUAGAAAAGCUGCCGAGGAAGCUGCAAAGAGGAAGGCCGAAGAGGAUUCAGCUAAGAAGGCCGCUGAGGAAGCUGCGAAACGAAAAGCAGAGGUCGAAGCGGCAAAAGCAGCAACCAGAAAGGAAGAAGAAGCCGAAGCAGCACGAAAAGCUGCCGAGGAAGCUGCCAAGGGGAAAGCCCAAAAGGAUACUGCUAAGAAAGCCGCCGAGGAAGCUGCGAAACAAAAAGCAGAGGAGGAAGUGGCAAAGGCAGCAGCCAAAAAGGCAGAGGAAGAUGCAGCAAGAAAAGCUGCCGAGGAAGCUGCCAAGAGAAAGACCGAAGAGGAUGCUGCUAAGAAGGCUGCUGAGGAAGCUGCCAAACGUAAAGCAGAGGAGGAAUUGGCCAAAAUAGCUGCCGAGGAAGCUGCCAAGAGGAAGGCCGAAGAGGAUGCUGCCAAACAUAAAGCAGAGAAAGCGGCAAAGGCAGCAGCCAAAGAGGCAGAGGAAGAUGCAGCAAGAAAGGCUGCCGAGGAGACUGCCAAGAGGAAGGCCGAAGAAGAUGCUGCAAGAAAGGCUGCCGAGGAAGCUGCGAAACGAAAAGCAGCAGAGGAAGCGGCCAUUGUAGCAGCCAAAAAGGCAGAGGAAGAUGCAGCACGAAAUGCUGCCGAAGAAGCGGCCAAGAGAAAGGCUGAAGAGGAUGCCGUUAAGAAGGCUGCUGAGGAAGCUGCGAAACGUAAAGCAGAGGAGGAGGCGGCCAUGGCAGCAGCCAAGAAAGCAGAGGAGAAAUCAGCCAAAAAAGCUGCCGAAAAAGCUGCCAAGAAAAAUACCGAAGAGGAUGCUGCUAAGAAGGCUGCUGAGGAAGCUGUGAAACGUAAAGCAGCAGAGGAGGCGUCCAUGGCAGCAGCCAAAAAGGCGGAGGAGGAACCAUCAAGAAAAGCUGCCGAGGAAGCUGCCAAGGAAAAGGCCGAAGAAGCUGCCAAGAAAAAGGCCGAAGAGGAUGCCGCUAAGAAGGCCGCUGAGGAAGCUGCAAAACGUAAAGCAGAGGAGGAAGCGGCAAAAGCAGCAGCCAAGAAGGCGGAGGAAGAAGCAGCAGCUAGAAAAGCUGCCGAGGAAGCUGCCAAGAAAAAGGCUGAAGAGGAUGCCGCUAAGAAGGCCGCUGAGGAAGCUGCAAAACGUAAAGCAGAGGAGCAAGCGGCAAAAGCAGCAGCCAAGAAGGCGGAGGAAGAUGCAGCAAGAAAAGCUGCCGAGGAAGCUGCCAAGAAGAAGGCCGAAGAGGAUGCUGCUAAAAAGUCCGCUGAGGAAGCUGCGAAACAAAAAGCAGAGGAGGCGUCCAUGGCAGCAGCCAAAAAGGCGGAGGAAGAAGCAGCAAGGAAAGCUGCCGAGGAAGCUGCCAAGAAAAAGGCCGAAGAGGAUGCUGCGAAACGAAAAGCAGAGGAAGAGGCGGCCAUGGCAGCAACCAAGAAGGCAGAGGAGGAGGCAGCCAAAAAAGCUGCCGAGGAAGCUGCCAAGAAGAAGGCCGAAGAGGAUGCUGCUAAGAAGGCCGAUGAGGAAGCUGCGAAACGAAAAGCAGACGAGGAAGCGGCAAAAGCAGCAGCCAAAAAGGCGGAGGAAGAAGCAGCACGAAAAGCUGCCGAGGAGACUGCCAAGAGAAAGGCUGAAGAGGAAGCCGCUAAGAAGGCCGCUGAGGAAGGUGCGAAACGAAAAGCAGAGGAGGAAGCGGCCAUAGCAGCAGCCAAAAGGGCAGAGGAAGAAGCAGCAAGGAAAGCUGCCGAGGAAGCUGCCAAGAAAAAGGCCGAAGAGGAUGCUGCUAAGAAGGCCGCUGAGGAAACGGCGAAAGCAGCAGCCAAAAGGGCGGAGGAAGAGGCAGCCAGGAAAGAAGAUACAACCGAGUUGGCAGAAUCUGCAAAGGUUGAAGAGGAUGAUGCCAGAAAGGCUGCUGGGGAAUUGAAUAAAAAGGCGGAGUCUAGAUCUAAGCCUAGGAUAGAAGACGAUAUCUCCCGCAAAUCAGCGGAGGAAGAUGUCCAGGGUAGAGAACCUGGAGCUUAUGUAGCAGCUGAGGAAGCUACAAAGAUAACUCCAGAGGAAGCUGCCCAAAUGGGUGCAGCUGACGAAGCCGCCGCUAAGGCGCGCGCAGAAGAACAGGCAGCAGCGGAGAAAAGGGCAGCCGAAGAAGAAAAGGCUGCUAGACUUACAGCAGCGGAAGCUGCAAAGAAGGAGGCGGAGGAAUCUGCUAAGAAGAAAGCAGCCGAGGAACUUGCGGCAAAGAUCGCAACAGAAGAUGCUGCUCAGAAAGCGGUUCAGGCUGAGCCAGCCAAGCUGACUGGGAAAGCGGCUAAGAAGGCUGCCAAGGAGGCCGCAAAGAAAAAAGAAGCAGAGGAAAAAGCUGCCAAGAAAGCAGCAGAGGAGGCUAAAAAGAAACGGGAAGCCGAGGAAAAGGCCGCAAAGAAAGCCGCUGAGGAAGAAGCAAAGAAAAAAGCAGCGGAAGAGAAAGCAGCAAAAAAAGCUGCCGAAGCAGCGGCAAAGAAGGCGGCUCAGGAGGCCUCUAAGAAAAAGUCGGACAAGGAGCUUGCAGCUAAGAAGGCAGAAGAGGAUGCCGCACGUAAAGCAGCGGAGGAGGAAUCCACAAGAAAAGCUGCGGAAGAUCUUGCCGCAAAGAAAGCAGCUGAGGAACAGGCCAAGGCCGAGGAAGAAGCUAAGAAAGCAGCGGAAGAAGCAGCCAAGAAGGCGGAGGAAGAGGCCGCCAGGAAGGCAGCCGAGGAAGUGGCCAAGAAGAAGGCAGAGGAGGAGGCCGCUAAAAAAGCAGCUGAAGAAGCGGCCAAGAAGAAGGCUGAGGAAGAAGCUGCAAGGAGGGCAGAACAAGAGGCAGCAGAGGAAGCUGCUAAGAAAGCAGCAGAGGCUGCCAAGAAGCAGGCAACCGAACCAUCGGCUAAAAAGGCUCUCGAGGAGCUUGUUGCCAAGAAAACAGCUGAAGAAGAAAAAGCAGCCGAGGCAAACGGUGUAUCUGAUCAGAACCCUCUACAGGCCGAAGAAAAGGAGCUGAAGUCCUUCUACCGAGAGGCUGGCAACAACGUGCAGCCGAUCCCCUGGAUGGAAGACUUCAAGGUAGACCUGGAUGACGUCAAUAUGGACCUGAGCAUUGAGAACCAACCUAGAAUCAGUGCCCUUAGAACACCUCGGCAACAAAAACGUGUUUCCGGCACGGAAGGACGUCCUAGAACCCCGGACGCUGGCAAGACCAUCCGCAUUGACGAAAUCUUCGACCCUCUUACCAACAUCCGGGGCAAGAAGGGCGAGCCACCCAAGCGAAUCCUUAUCCGCGGUCAGCCGGGAAUAGGGAAGAGCACACUCUGCCGCAAGCUGGCCUACGAUUGGUCCAACCCAGAAAACGAGACCGGCACCAUCAAGAAGUUCAAGUACACCUUCCUUAUUGAAGGACGUCAUCUUGGGGGCGACUUGAAGAACGCGAUGGCCGAGCAACUCCUUUCGCAGGGCUUCAACGAUACGCCUGAAAAUCUGUGGAAAUUUGUGGAAGAUAAUCAGAACGACGUCCUUUUCAUUGUUGACGGCUAUGACGAGAUAGAUACUUCAGUAAAGUCUGAUGUAGGGGACCUCAUUAGUAAGAAAAUCCUUCCCCAGUCCACUCUAGUCAUCACCUCCCGCCCUGAGAGCACGAAAGAGAUUUCCCGCUCCGUAGACAAAUCGCUGAAAGUAGAAGGCUUUAACCAGGAGAAGUCGGCGGACUUCGUUAACAAGCACUUCCACGUGACGUCUCCAAACACGGAGCACGCUCCUGACGUCACGGAAAACCUUGUCGCGGCCUUGAGAAGAGAUAAGAACCUACAGCAACUCGCGGCCUACCCACUCUGUAAUGCCUAUCUCUGUGCUCUGUGGGAGGACACAGAGGGCGAUGUCCCCACCACAAAGUCGUCUCUCUACGAUAGGCUGAAGAUUGUAGUCACCAGGCGGUAUUGCCUUAAACAGGGCGUCCCUCUCCCAGCUAAAUCUUCAGAUGUCCCUGCUCAAUUUAGGUCCUACUACCGCGCCCUUGGCGAACUUGCCUACAAUGGUGUGACAAACAACAAGGUUUUGUUUGACAAACCUUUGGUGCUACACAAGGUAAGAGACCCCCGAGUCCUGCAGAUGGGUCUCCUGUUAGAGGAGCACUCCAUCGCCCGGACCAAGCGGCACGAGUAUUACCGCUUCCCGCACAAGGCCUUCCAGGAGUUCUUCGCCGCUCAGUACCUCUCCGAGAUGUCCGAGUACGUGCGAAGUCCUACCUACCCCAAGCUGGUGAAGGACCGUGUAUGGCGGGACAUUGUCCUGUUCCUACCCGGUGCCCUCAAGCAGCAGCCUCGAGAUCUCAUCCCUCUUUUCAAGGCCCUCUCAGAGUACAACAACACCAGAAAGUCCACCUACUCAGACGUCGGCCAGUACAGGCUGAGCAGAACAACAUUGAUGUCAAGAAAUUCCGUUUCGGCGUUUGGACCGAGAAAUAUGACCAAAAUUGCGACACGUUGACAGAGGCCCUGAAUGAUAACCAAACGGUAGGGAAGCUAGUCAUCGCCGCUUGCAAUGAAAACGACGUCGUUGAGUCUGUCAAAGACAUCCUGGCUCGGCUUGCCGAGAGGAACAACACGGUCAAGAGCCUUCAGAUCAUCGACUACAGCUACAAGGGACCACUCAAGUAUGACGAGAGGAUAGAGAUGCUGAGGAAAGUGUGUACCAUCGAGGAGAUCAAGAUCGACUCGGCGGCCAGAGUGUGGUAUCCUGGCCUGCCACAGAACCCCAGCGAGGCCCAGCACACCAUCAGGAGCACACCCAUGACCCCCAUGAGUACAGACUAGGUCAAUGAGUGAAUGGUGGACGUGUGACUUUUGGUUGAAUUUGACUUAGUCUGAGCUACGACAUCAACCACGCUCAUUCACAUUGGUCACGUCAGCCAUGGAUGUUAAUUACCAUCUUGUCAUUGGUCAUAUUCCGCACUUCUAGUCAUUGUUCACAUCAUGCGUGUAUGACAGCUCCCAUCGCUAUCACUGUUGAGAAUUAGUAGUGUACAAGACAACAGUCUCUCCUGGUGCGUAGGAAACUCAAUGUGCUAACUUAUGCUGCUUGUGAUACUGGACCAUUCAAUAACGUAUAGUCAAGGAAACGACAACACAAUAGCUUUCAACUAACUACUCAAUGCAGAUCGCUGGAAAAAUGACGUUAGCUUCCGUGAAGUUCUUGUGGAAACAGCAUGUUUGUCUGUGUCACGCAGUUGAAUACAGCUCGGUGAUAUUUUUGUGGCCGUGCUGUCAAUUGUAUUUCAAGAUGCUUCAGUUCAAGUGAUUGUACAUUCUGCUCACCGUAUAAGACAUUAGAACGAAUGUUUGUGUAAACCAGAUUUUGCACAUUGGAACAAUGCCGUUAGCUGAGUCUAAGGAACGUAGUAAUGAAGUGCGUAUUCUCUUGUACAUGGAUUGGGUUUUCUUACCUACGCAGUGAACGUAACGGUAUGUAAUGAGAGUGUACAAACAUGUCGAAUCAGCUCUCUGUAUUGUACUGUAAGAUGGAUUAUUGUCACAUGUGUAUAGUUGGAAAGCGUGUAGUCUACCAAGCCGCUUUUUACACCCAAAAUGUCUACUGACUGUGAAAAAGACGAAAGCAUCAGUCUAAAAUGUUCAUUUACAAUUUGAUGGGAGAAAACUGAUAGCAUACAGUAACGUGGGGGCUUUGCAGUAUAAAGACGCCCUCUUGCGACACUAUGUGUUACUGCUGCACAGUUACGCGUUCUGUUUUUGUGAAGAAAAACUUGCUGUGUUGACAAAGUUGCGCAAGUAGUUGAAACCUGCAACAUCUGUAGUUAGUGCCGUGAUUUCUUUCUGUUAAAUACUGUGGAAUUUGUUCGCGUAGGCCACGUGUUGAACGUAACUGCAACUUUGGACGGUUUUUGAGGUCCGUGAGAAUACAGGGAAUAGCUGUAGAGUAAGGAUGAUAAACUUGUUCAUAGAUGAAGUUUUGUUAACCGUUUUGUUUUUAUAUGAGAAAUGUCUACCUUCGCACUAGUAAUGGGAGCCACGUUGUGGGGUUUAUCACUAUAUUGAGUAUGAAUAUCUUUGAUUUUGCCAUGUUGUACCAUAAUGGCCUUCUGUAUAUGGAAUGUCCGGUGGACAAUGUGUAAGACUGCAGUGAGGAAUGCUACAGAUGCAUGGUGAAUAGAAACGACGCUGUGACAGCAAAUUUUGCAAAAAGCCGCUAUAACUGUACUUGUAUACAUGUAAUAUGAAUGUAUGCCGCAACUGGAGAUUAUAACAAUAAAGAGUACUAACCUUA